CAGUCUUUACAACAGUUUUAAAAAGUCAUUUUGGGGUGUAUUUUUUCUUUUGAGAAAAUAUAUAUUCACUGGAAGCAAUCUUGUGGAGUAUCCAGAAGAAGCGGAAGAAGAUAUAUUUUUAUGUUCUCUUUUACGCGUCACUGAUAUUAUUUUAAACUGAUCAGCAAGGGAGUUUUAAUUAACUGUCAUGGUUGGUAGUUUGUCUGAGCUAGCUGGCUCACCAUCUGGCUAGCUAGCGUAGAGAGAAUAGUACUAGAACCACAGAGAAUCUGUGCUAGAACCUAGUCCGUUUUAUCGUUUCCUAUGUGCGAUUCGCCCAUCUUAUAGCAUUGCAUAAUCUGGAGACAUUUGUUGUUAUGUGUGCGCGCGAACAAACAAGCUUGUGAAGAGAUACCUGCCAGCGAUACACUGUUGCUGAAGAACACCAGCUAACGUUACCUACAGGUCACUGCAAAUGAGUUGCUACAAAUGUAUCCAGUUGCAGAUUGUUAGCAACAAGCUAACUGUCUUGCGACAGUUUGUGUCGGAGUAGAAAAUACGGAAAUGGUAUCCACGUACGGGCGACAGAAAUUAAUUGACAGGAGUUCAUAGAAUAGAAAGGUAACUUUCGCGAAGCAUUUGUGGAUCGAUAGAGGACAUACAUCGACUUUAUAAGACCUUAGCAGACCAUAUCAGAGAUAACUUAGCUGAUGAUGGUCGUGUAUUUGGGUCGUGUAACCCCUGCAAACAACAGGACAAGCUUAUGAAGAUUAGUCAAAACAGCAGGAUGUCAAAGGGAUUUAGGCUACGGUGGUCAUAAGUGAAAAACAAAACAAUGACUGCCAUCAGCAACAGACAGUUGGAUGUGUUUACUUGCACUUUAAUACAGAAUAAUCAGUAAUCAGUGUGCAUUCUGCUUGGCGUGGAGUUGUAGUUUAGAUGCUUCACUUGUACACCGGAAGAAAAAUCUAGUCAUUUCGCUGUUUCGUGUUUGAAAUCCCAAAAUAUUUGAUGAGCACUAUGCCUGGAGACCGUAACAGUAGCAGUGACAGCAGUACUAGUGGCGAGGACUCCGAUAAGGAGACCAGGAAGAAAGUAUGUACUGUCAAACAUGAAAUCACUAAUGCGAACCUCACAGGGCACACUGAGAAAGUGGGAGUGGAGAACUUUGAACUUCUGAAAGUGCUGGGCACUGGAGCCUAUGGGAAAGUGUUCCUGGUGAGGAAGACGAGUGGACACGAUGAAGGGAAGCUUUAUGCCAUGAAGGUGUUAAAGAAGGCGGCCAUAGUGCAAAAGGCCAAGACCGCCGAGCACACUCGGACUGAAAGACAAGUGUUGGAGCACAUUCGCCAGUCUCCCUUCUUAGUUACACUGCACUAUGCUUUUCAAACGCAGACAAAACUACACCUCAUACUUGACUAUGUGAGUGGUGGGGAGAUGUUUACGCAUCUGUACCAGCGAGACCACUUCUCUGAAGAGGAAGUUCGCAUCUACAUCGGGGAGAUCAUCCUAGCCCUGGAGCAUCUUCACAAGCUUGGCAUUGUGUACCGGGACAUCAAACUGGAGAACAUCCUAUUGGACAGCGAUGGCCACGUGGUCCUGACCGACUUUGGACUGAGCAAAGAGUUCCUGGAUGAGGAGAAAGAGAGGACCUACUCCUUCUGCGGCACCAUCGAGUACAUGGCGCCGGAGAUAAUCCGUGGGAAGUCAGGCCACGGCAAGUCGGUGGACUGGUGGAGUUUGGGCAUCCUGAUGUUUGAGCUGCUCACCGGAGCCUCUCCCUUCACCCUGGAGGGGGAGAGGAACACUCAGAGCGAGGUGUCCAAGCGAAUCCUGCGCUGCGAGCCGCCGUUCCCGUCCCUGAUUGGUCCGUUGGCCCAGGAUCUCCUGAGGAAGCUGCUGGUGAAGGACCCCCACAAACGCCUGGGCUCCGGGCCCAAGGGCGCAGACGACAUCAAGACGCACCCCUUCUUUAAGGGUCUGAACUGGGCUGACCUGGCGGCCAAGCGUGUGGCGAGCCCCUUCCGGCCGGAGCUCCGGAACGAGCUGGAUGUUGGCAACUUUGCAGAGGAGUUCACCGGCAUGGAGCCCGUCUACUCCCCAGCCAGCACGCCCCCCAGCACCGACCGCCUCUUCCAGGGCUACUCGUUCAUCGCUCCCUCCAUCCUGUUUAAUAAGAAUGUGGUGAUGGGGGACUUCUUGGAGAACCAGGUGAAGGUGGACCGGCCAGGCUCAGCCACCAUGCAUCGCAGCGCCAUGCUCAAGGACUCUCAGUUCUUCCAGCACUAUGAGCUGUGUCUGCAGGGGCCUCCUCUGGGGGCGGGCAGCUUCUCCGUCUGCAGGAGGUGCCGACACAAGCAGAGCGGACAGGAGUACGCCGUCAAGAUCAUCAGCCGCAGGAUGGAAUCCAUGUCACAGAAAGAGAUAGCAGCUCUGAGACAGUGCGAGUCUCAUCCAAACAUCGUCAAACUGCACGAAGUCUACACCGACCAGUACCACACGUACCUGGUGAUGGAGCUGCUGCGUGGCGGGGAGCUGCUGGAUCGCAUCAAGAGGAAGAAGCUGUUUGCAGAGUGGGAGGCCAGCAAGCUGAUGAGCCACCUGGUGUCAGCCGUCAGCUUCAUGCACGAGGCCGGGGUGGUGCACCGAGACCUCAAGCCAGAGAACGUGCUGUUUGCGGACGAGGGUGAGGACGCGGUGCUGAAGGUGAUUGACUUUGGCUUUGCGCGUCUGUUCCCGGCGGGCAGCGCCCCCCUCCAGACUCCCUGCUUCACCCUGCAGUACGCCGCCCCAGAGCUCUUCCACUCCACCGGAUACGACCAGGCCUGCGACCUCUGGAGCCUCGGAGUCAUACUGUACACUAUGCUGUCAGGUCAGGUCCCCUUCCAGACGGAGAAGAAGGGCAUGACCUCAUCGCACGCCAGUGACAUCAUGAAGAAGAUCAAAGAGGGAGACUUCUCAUUGGACGGCGAGGCCUGGAGGGGCGUGUCCGAGGAGGCCAAAGAGCUUGUGAGAGGCCUGUUGACGGUGGACCCUGAGCGUCGUCUGAAGCUGAGUGACCUGAAGGAGAACGGCUGGCUGCAGGGCACAGCCCACGUGUCCUCCACGCCCCUCUGCACCCCCGACGUCCUGGAGUCCAGCGGCCCCACCGUCAGGACCUACGUCAACGCCACCUACAAGGCGUUCAACCUGGGCAAGCGAGAGGGCGUUUUCCUGAAGAGUGUGGACAACGCUCCCCUGGCCAAGCGCCGCAAGCUGAAGAUGACCAGCACCGGAGUGGAGACGCGCCGCAGCUCCUCAUCCUCCUCCUCCUCUUCCUCAUCCUCCUCCGCCACUGCCGUGACACCGCAGAAGACGCGGCCAACAACGGCGCCUGCCCCAAAUUCCACCAACCCCUGAACCGGCUUGGUGGUCAGAAGGCUUACACCAGGCUAGCUACCGAAUCACUUCCCAGAGGCCGUCCAACACGCACACUGAGGUGGUCGACAGGGUUCUGGAUGUAACAGAAUCCAGCAAAACUGCUUUUUAAAAAAGAUAUCAAACACAAUAUCCAAAAAAACAUGACAGAUGAUGUCACGUGGCAUGAAUAUGCCACAUGGGACAGUUUAUCUGGUCUUGACAGCAAAGGGCUCACUUUACAGUGGAUAUUUGAGGUCUAGUGCAGGGCUAACAAUGGGUUAACCAAAAUAGUGGGAUAAGUGGAUGUACAUUUUACGCAAAAAAAAACUAAAAUCGUUCCAAAAUUUUAUUGGUGAAUUGUUUAGCUACUCAAUGUUGGCGCUUCUUUAAAAAAAAACGCUGGUCGAAAAGAAAACGUCCUACGCUGAUCGUUUCAUCUGCACGUUGAACCAAGUGUUGAACAGCUGGACUUGUGACAGUCUUGCUUUUUAUGUCCUUCUUUUUAAGUUGUUCGCUCGAAUGUACCUCGAAAGAGCUUGCAUUUUUACUCACAGCACUGUGGUGCUUUUACGACAUGUCGUGAAGAUGUUGAAGUCAAAGUUGAUUUUUUUUUUUUUUUAAUGAAAAAAGGGACAUUUAUUUUAGGUGGAAAAUAAGCCAUGAGAUAGGCAAAGCCAUAGGCUCUGAGAGGACCUUUUGUCAUUGACCCCUUGACAAGAGAAUAGUUGAGAGAGGACUGAGACAAAAAUGAGUGAUAAUACUUUUUUAAAAAGCUAUGGAUGGCUUUCAGAAUAGAUUAAGGGGCCUUAUGGCGGACAUUUUUAAAAUCUUAUCAUUCAGAACAGCAAAUAACUAAACCUGCGCUUGUGGCUCGGGUUGUGUAUAACUGUGUCCGUGUACUUGUUGUGAGUUGACUCGGAGCAUGCCUCCCAGUAUAUUGAGGGGGGUUGAAGCCCCCCAACCCCUACCCCCACACCCCCUCAAAGCAGCAGUCAUUAAUUUCCAGUGUUUCCUAGACUGAACUGGAGCCAUUUCACUACUACUAUAGCACCUCACCUCCCUGCUGUUCUUUCAUGGGGCUAUCAGAUCAGCCUGUGGUGCCACCUGUCCGGCUCACUUUGCCCCAUAGAGAUAGUCCUUCAGAAAGAGAGAAAGAGAUGGUGUGUGUGUAUGAGAGGUGAAUAGAGAGAGAGAACAGAGUAUGUGUGUGUGUGUGUGUG